GUUUGGUGUUCGCCUUCUUUUCUUCCGUCAGUUUGCUUGUAGUUAAUGGUUCGUUCUGCAAAAGUUCCGGUUUAGUGUUCUGCUUCUUCCCCUUAAUCUUUGAUUGCGUUAUCAUGUACCGCUGUAUACGACAAAUUUCUGUCGGAGUUAGGAGUGUAAGAGGUUCCUGUCUUUGCAAAAACAGCCGAUUCGCUGUACCCACAGCCGUCUUGAUACAUCAUAGAAUGGCCAGCACAGAAUCCUUUCGGUUAGAGUAUGACACCUUUGGUGAAUUGAAAGUACCAAAUGAUAAGUACUAUGGUGCUCAGACAGUGCGAUCAACUAUGAACUUUAAAAUAGGCGGUGUAACAGAAAGAAUGCCAGUCCAAGUUAUCCAUGCAUUCGGUAUCCUGAAGAAAGCAGCUGCUGAGGUAAACAAAGAAUAUGGCCUGGAUCCUAAAGUAGCUGAUGCCGUCAUAAAAGCAUCAGAUGAGGUGGCUGCUGGUAAGUUGGAUGACCAUUUUCCUCUGGUGGUUUGGCAGACUGGUUCUGGAACUCAGACCAAUAUGAAUGUAAAUGAAGUAAUCAGCAACAGAGCCAUUGAGAUGCUGGGAGGUAAACUGGGCAGCAAGGAUCCAGUGCAUCCAAACGAUCAUGUCAAUAUGAGCCAGAGUUCAAAUGAUACCUUCCCUACGGCCAUGCAUAUUGCUGCUGCAAAAGAGGUCCAUGAGGUGUUGCUGCCAAGUUUACAGAAAUUGCAUGAUGCACUUGAAAAAAAGUCAAGAGAGUUUGAUGACAUCAUCAAGAUUGGGCGAACUCACACGCAGGAUGCUGUUCCCCUAACUUUGGGUCAGGAAUUUAGUGGAUAUGUACAGCAGCUCAGCAAUGGCAUAGCGCGGAUUAAGGCAACCAUGCCUCGAGUGUAUGAGUUAGCAGCUGGUGGCACUGCAGUUGGUACAGGCUUAAACACCAGAGUAGGAUUUGCUGAGAAGAUUGCAAAGAAGAUUGCCGAACUCACAGGUUUGCCGUUUGUUACUGCACCAAAUAAAUUUGAAGCUCUUGCUGCCCAUGAUGCUCUUGUCGAACUGAGUGGUGCUUUGAACACAGUAGCAUGCAGUUUAAUGAAAAUAGCAAAUGAUAUCCGUUUUCUAGGCUCAGGACCCCGUUCUGGACUGGGAGAACUGAUCCUCCCUGAAAAUGAGCCUGGAAGCAGCAUCAUGCCAGGAAAGGUGAAUCCCACACAGUGUGAGGCCAUUACCAUGGUAGCAGCUCAGGUGAUGGGAAAUAAUGUUGCUGUCACAGUUGGAGGCUGUACUGGCCAUUUUGAACUGAAUGUCUUCAAGCCUAUGAUUGAUAUGAAAAAGCAGCAAAGAUUGCCAAGACAGCACAUAAAGAAGGCACAACACUAAAAGAAGCAGCUGUGAAGCUUGGUUAUCUUACCUCAGAACAGUUUGAUCAGUGGGUCAAGCCCAAAGAUAUGCUAGGACCCAAGUAGUACCAGUGAGGCUACUAGCAUAUCUUUUGUAAAUCAAACCAGUAUCAUGUUUCAGACUGUUUUUCCUUGAUUACUUAUGUUGAAAAUAAACUGUGCAGUAUGACCUUAAA